AACUCUGACCGGCAGCACGGGGCUUGCUUCCUUGAGUUCUCGCAAGAAGAAGAAGAAGAAAAAAAACCCAACUUCACAUUGGAUUUCUGUUUGUCUUCUUGCUGUUAUUCGUCAGGGAUCUGUAGAUGCUUGGAGUGGGUCGAGAAUGCAUGCUGCUCUAACCAGACAUGGAUACACGCAGCAUCACCUGUGCAUCUUCCUUCUCACAUUUUCCAGCUACGCUUUGUUCAACGCAACGCGGAAAACCUUGAGCUGCGUCAAGGUCAGCUUCCUCAGCGAGUGGACGCGAAUGCCGAUCAACGACUCGACGGAAACACUCAGUCCACCCGAGAUUUGGUCAGCACACUCGCUCUUCCCCGAUGAAGAAAAGGCGUCACUGUUUCUCGGUGCCCUUGACACCAUAUUCCUCUUCACAUAUGCCCUGGGAUCAUACAUCAGCGGAUUUCUGAGCGAUAGAUUUAACCUGCGAUUGGUGCUGUCCGUGGGCAUGUGGUUAUCCGCUUUGGUGGCAUUUGUGUUCGGGAGCGUCACGGAGUGGCUGGGAUUCUACAACAUGCCCUUCUACGCUUUCCUCUGGGCUCUCAACGGAUUCGUUCAGUCCACUGGCUGGCCCUGCACUGUGGCUAUCAUGGGCAAUUGGUUUGGCAACAAGAGCCGUGGGUUCAUAUUUGGAGUGUGGAGCUCCUGCGGCUGCAUUGGAAACAUCCUGGGAGCUCUGCUCGUCUCCACGGUCAUCGGCUACGGCUAUGAGUACACGUUCCUCGUGAUGGCGUCCCUCCUGUUUUCUGGAGGAAUCGUCGUCUUUUUCGGGAUGGCCGUCUCCCCUGCUGAAGUUGGCCUGCCUUUGGCGAGCGUAGAAGAAGAGGAAACAAGUUGCAGGGAGGCGUCCGUGACGUGGAGCAAAGCUUCGGAAAGCCUGCCAGUGGUGGACAUGGCGAACCAGCGCACGUACGGAACCCCUCCGGACGAUGGGCCGAGGGAGGGUUCUUCCAUACCCACGGAAAAACCUGCUUUGGGUUUCUUCAAGAUCGUCUGCUUGCCUGGCGUGGCAGUGUACGCCUUGGCGUACGCGUGCCUCAAGCUGGUGAACUACGCCUUCUUCUUCUGGCUGCCGUACUACCUGGCCUACGAGUUCAGCUGGACCCAGGUGGACGCAAGCCGCAUGUCAAUAUGGUACGACUUUGGAGGCAUCAUUGGUGGCGCCAUGGCUGGGUUGAUAUCCGACCGCCUGGGAAAGCGGGCGCCCGUCAUUGCCCUGAUGCUGCUGCUGGCGGUUGCCACUCUGGCCUGCUACCUCAAUCCUUUCAGCAACAGAGUUUGGAAUGGAUUCUUAUUGGUUGUUACAGGGUUUUUCGUGAGUGGGACAGCUAACCUCAUCAGCUCAGCUGUGCCGGCUGACCUGGGCCAACAGGGCACAAUUCAGGGCAACCGGGAGGCGUUGGGCACCGUGACUGGCAUCGUGGAUGGAACGGGCAGCCUGGGGGCUUCCGUAGGACAGUUUAUCGUGGCAGUCAUAUACAGCCGUUUUGGCUGGGAAUGGGUUUUCGUAUUCUUCAUUGUUAUGAUAUUCCUCACCUUGAUCAUUCUGCUCCCUCUGGUCGUUCGAGAAAUCAAAAAUAUAUUUGUCAAUCAACAAGUGGGGUGCCUGUCAACCACAUGAAUUGCAACAUGAAUUAUGCCAUAUGGACAGACUUUCCUGGCGCGUAGUGAAGCUAUUACAUUACAGUUACAAGAAACUUGCCAAUGCUUGGAAUGAAGAGCCAGAUGAGAUAAGAAUCAUUUUAAAUAAUAGUGGCAAAAUAUAGAAGGCAACUGGCAUUCAAGAGGAUUGAUGGCAGCCAGAAGUGGUAUUUUUACUCAGUGAUCUUGAGUACACAUAUAUACGGAGGGUAAAAAAUAUACCGUAAUUAUUACAUUUGGUAUGUGCACCAUUCCAAUGGUGCAAGGCUAUCACCGGGGCGCAAUGUUUCACAGACACGAUGUGCAGCGGUUUGACAGUAUGCGGCGAUGGUUGCAAUGUGCAAUCCCAAUCGAGCUAUCUGUCGUUGCUUUUCAAAUCUGGGCGAUUCCAGCGGCGCACGGUGAGCUUACUCUUCUCGACUGACGUCAGUGGGAUUUGAAGCGUCCGCUUGUCGAAGCAGGCAGACGGCACACGCAUUUCACGCUAAAUACACACGUGCGCAGGGAGGCCGAGCAGAGCCGGAUUAAGCUAGUGCGGGACAUGUAGCAUAUGUUAUAAAGGGGCCCUAAAUGAAUAAAAACGCACAAAUAUUAAAAGACAAUUUUUUUUACUUGCCUAAUAAAGUAAUUGUAUUUUUUCAUUUGCUAUACAGCCAGAUAAUAUGAUAAAUCGCUAACCUUAAACACCCAGUCGUUCAUAAAAGUCGAAGGCGGUAUAGUACUAUAGUAAUAGAGCAAGUGCAAGAAUUACUGAACCGGAAUUGAUAGUUUGAAAGCAUUUAGAGCGGAGUCCUUGAAAGUGCGGGGCCAGUAGCAUUUGUUACUUUUGCUACGAGGAUCACCCGGCACUGAGGCCAAGCGGUGAACUUGCUACCACUGGGCCACGAGGAAGACAACGAGAGCAUUGGCGCUUCUCACGUGACGUUAAGGACGAAGAUGAAGAUCGGACGGGAUGGAGGGAAUUUGGGGACGAAUAUCUGCCAGAGGACAAGAGAGAGAAGACAUGUUAAAGAUGUGUGUGUGUGUAUGGUGGGUUUAAAAUAGCGAAGUAAUGUUGCUUGUGAUAAAAUGCUGGGUGCGUCGACACAGCAGUUGAGUAGUAUUGAACAUUGUUGAUUAAAAUGUUUCGGUGCAAUAAAACAAACUCAGGAAUUGUGUGUAAAAACAGUGUAACAGUAUAUAAUGUGAACACGAGCAGGUACAUAAACGUGAGUUUCAAGCUCGAACACUUAAUUGCAAGCAGGUAUGAAGGGAAGUGGCUAAGUGUGAAUACGUAUAUUUCGUAAAUGAUAUGCAAGUCCUUUGUACUAAAAUGAGUGAAUAGUUAUUGCUUACGUCUCAAAUCUUACGCGAAUAUGUUAAGAUAACCGAAUGUAUAUAAAAUAUGGUACUAUGCAUGAAUGUCCUCAGGUUAAUAUUUAUGUAAGCAAAGUCAAGGUGUGUGAUGCUGUAUUUUUAACUUGCACUGCCAAAGGUGGACAAUUCUCGCUCUCUCUCUUUCCCGCUUCAGAUCCCACGACGCAUCAUAUAUUCACCGUGACCAAUUCCACCAUGAAACGACUCUCUCCUUAUACAAGGAGACAACAAUCACCAUCAUAGCUCAACCUGGCCUAUAAAUAACAUCCCCUGCAAAAAUCAUCACAGAUACCAAGGGGCUGUCCAUAAAUGACG